UAGAUAACAUUUCAGGCCUAAAGCAAGACCUGCAAUAGACAGAUUUAGCUCUUAAAUAAUGUAUGUUUAAAUGAUUUUCGACUUGAGGCCAAACUUUUGGUAAUGAAUUAUUCGUGUUGGGUUGAUCCGUGUCUAUGAUUAAGAUAAAACCGUCAAAUAUAUCAAACCGGAAGCGGAUUUUAUAUGGGGGGAGAAUUGUUAGAAUUGUUAUGUCAAUCAGAAGUGAGAAGAAUUAUUUUUUUUAUGACUUUCCGACUCAAACGAAUUAUUCGUUACGUCGUUGACUCGGUAGAAGAUGAACUGUAGCCUCAUUAAAUCAGCAACAUGACGUUCUUUUUUAUGGUUUUAAAGUGACUUGAAAUUGAAAAGUAAUAGCAAGGUGACGCCAGCAUUAGGCCUAUUCAUCUCUUAAAAUUUAAUCUAGAAAAUUAAAACCUUAUCCAAAGAAUAAUCAUCUGAAUAAAUAAUCAACAUGGAAACUAAUGAUGUUAAAACAUUCCAUCAGUGUGUUGUAUGUGAUGAAAUUUUUCAACAACUUGAUGAAUUAGAACAACACAAUAAAAUACAUGUUAAAGAAGAGAAAACUGAUGAUGCAGAUGAAUAUUGUCAUGUUAAAGAAGAGACAACUGAUGAUGUAGAUGGAUAUAGUCAUGUUAAAGAAGAGAAAACUGAUGAUAUAGAUGAAUAUUGUCAUGUUAAAGAAGAGAAAACUGAAGAUAUUGAAACCAUUCAUCAGUGUAAUUUAUGUGAUGAAGAAUUUAAAUCAGAUACUGAUUUAGAGAAACAUUGUAAAAUACAUAUUGAAGAAGAGUUGAAAGCUGAUAAUGAUAGUGAUGUAGCUGACUGUAAGGUUAAUGAUGUAGCCCUACAAUUAGCCAACAGGCAUGCUGAAGCAAAAGCUAAUAAAUGUGAUGUUUGUUGUAAAUCAUUUACGAACAGGUGUAAUUUACAAUUUCAUAUGAGAGUUCAUACUAGAGUAAAACCUUAUAAAUGUGAUGUUUGUAGUAAAUCAUUCACUGAAAAUGGUAGUCUACAGAGACACAAGAGAAUUCAUACGGGUGAAAGACCAUAUGAAUGUGAUGUUUGUGGUAAAUCAUUCACACUACGUUGUAUUCUACAGAAACACAUGAUCAUUCAUACUGGAGAAAAGUGCUUCCAGUGUGAUGUUUGUGGAAAGUCAUUCACACUUUCUUAUACUCUAGAGCAGCACAUGAGAAUUCAUACUGGGGAUAAACCCUGUAAAUGUGAUGUUUGUGGUAAAUCAUUUAGACAGAGUCGUACUCUAGGGAAACACAUGCUGACACAUGCGGGUGAAAACCCUUUCAAAUGUGAUGUUUGUACUGAAUCUUUUUCUAAAUUUGGUACUUUACAGAAACACACAAGAACACAUACAGGUGAAAAACUUUAUAAAUGUGAUGUUUGUAGUAAAUCAUUUACUGACAAGCGUAAUCUACAAAGACACAUGAAAAUUCACUCAGGAGAAAAAUCACAUAGGUGUAAUGUUUGUUACAAGUCAUUCAGAGACAGUUUUACUCUACAGGGACACCUGAGAAGUCAUACAGGUGAAAAACCAUAUACAUGUGAUGUUUGUAGUAAAUCGUUCUCUGAAAAUCGUUACCUUCAUAAUCACAUGAAAACUCAUAAAGGUGAUAAACCUUAUAAAUGUGAUGUUUGUGGUAAAUCAUUUACUAACAAUCGUAAUCGACAGAGACACGUGAGAAGUCAUACAGAUGGAAAAUCAUAUCAAUGUGAUGUUUGUAGUAAAUCAUUUAUUUACAAGCGUAAUCAAGAGAGACACAUGAAAAUUCAUAACUUAUAAAUGUGAUGUUUGUGAUAAGUCAUUUACUAACAAUCGUAAUCGACAGAGACACGUGAGAAGUCAUACAGAUGGAAAAUCAUAUCAAUGUGAUGUUUGUAGUAAAUCAUUUAUUUACAAGCGUAAUCAAGAGAGACACAUGAAAAUUCAUAACUUAUAAAUGUGAUGUUUGUGAUAAGUCAUUUAGUCCUAGUUGUGGUUUGCAGCAGCACUUGAGAAAACCAUAUAAGUGUGAUGUUUGUAGUAAAUCAUUUUUACAGAAUCACGUUUUACAGCAACAGAGUUCUAGUGUACUGCAGCACGCCCAUCAACGAUUAUCCUAUUUUUUAUGCUGCCUACACCAUUGAUGCCUGUUUGCCAUGUGCUGGCGAGUUAAUGGAGGCACAACACGCGGUCGUCGCGCAUACAAAUGGGCUGCAUGUAGCCGAUUUCUAAUCGUUUGGGGUGAACUUGGUACAAGUUUACAGAAAGCUGAUUGGCCGUUUGUCCUUGAAUUCGAGGGACUUAACGGUAUGUACGAAUGUAUCGAUCCUAGGCUUGUGUAGUGGCUCUAGGAUGACCUGAACGAGGUCUAUCAUCAGUAUUGUGUGUUUGUUGGUACCGGUUCCACAGUCUGCUGAUCACAGACUGUGACACAUUAAGCAUGUUGGCUACUGCUCACUGUGUAGAACCAAUUUAAGCAUGCCAAUAGCAUGUAGACGUUCAUUAUGUUGGAGACAUCUCAUUGCAAAUUAAACGUAACACACUAAAGCAAAUAUACGCUAAACAGUAAAGCUUAUGCAAGAACCGAUAGGAAAGCAAACAUGGAUAGAUAAACCAGCACGCAGCAGUUUUCAUCAACCCGUCCUCGAGUGUCAAAUUUGACAAUGAACCCCUCCCACGUGUAUGGCGCCAUUGCGUGUCGCAUGUGCAGCUCAGUGGUUCUGUUGGGGCGAUAAGUUCUUCAUCUGUGAACAUACUCUCAAAGCAUGUCAAGUGUCCAUGACUAUUUAUCAUAUCACAACCUGCAUAGGUAUUUGCAUUUCAAUAUCCCCUACAUUUUUUGAAGAGUAUAUUAUAAGCUUAGUAUAACUUUAUGUAAUAUUUGAAUCAAAUGUUGUUUUUUUAUUAUAUUAAAUUGUAAAAAUUGUAAUCAUUUUUGCUUGAUAACAAUCCCUGUAUGUGUAUUGAAACGUAGCAUGUUAAUAACAUUCAGAAGUAGUAUAUCCAUACAAGUAUGUUUAUUUUUAGUGAAAUCUAUUUCUAUAUGUCUUAUAAGGAUUAUAUUAAAUUGUAUUUAAAUUUUUUUCUGCAUUUAAUUUGAUUAGUUUGUUUAUUCAAUUUGAAUUUGAAUUGAAAAUCUCAUAGAACCUGAUCCUAAACCAAUCUAGCAUGUACAUUCUAGAUAUAAAUAUAGAGUAUUGUAAUAUGACACAAACUAGGUCAUUUCGGGACAUAUGGUUUUUAAUUUUAUUUCAAUAAUUCGCUUGUGCGUAGGGGUCUUUAGCAGUGGGAGGAAACCGGAGGACCCGGAGAAAACCCACGAGGUUGGAGACACUUAUACAAUACACCAUCUGAAUCAGAUAAUAAUUGGGCUACAAUUUAUUGUCUUUUAGAAGUUUGGGACCAUGUGGCUAAGUGGGUAAGGCGCUGGCUCGCUAGCCUGCAGGUCGGGUGUUCGAUCCCUGCAUUGGCCGAGAAAGUUCAUCCAGAUUUUCCGGCGUGGUUCCCCCUUGUCAGUGAUGCAGGACGGAGGGUCUGACAAGGACAGCUGUCUAGUCCUUCGGAUGAUAUGAAAACCGUGGUCCCAUGUAUACAUUGGAAUGCACGUAAAAGAUCCCUUGGCAGUUGGAAUUCGAUAUAAGAGUAGGCGAUAGUGCCGCAGCCCGGGCAAAAUUUCCCUCAUAGCACACUGUAUGGUGUAUGCCCAUCUUCAUUAGUCCAGGUUAGGAGCAGAACAGUAAGACGUUAAACUCCAUUUCAUUUCAUUUCUUUUAGAAGUUGACGACAGGAUUCUCUUAAACAAAUCUGUAUUAUCUAUCGGGUCACAUUCCUAAACUUGAAGAAAUUGGGCAAAUCAUUUAAUCUGGAGGCUCAGUGCGGAGGGGUGUCCAUGAAAUGGUCACAAAAUGAGACCCAACUUUUCUAGAGUAAAAUUUUGCGUAGAAUACGAUGCCGAGUGGUAAUCAGUCCACCGUUGGAACGUUUUCUAGAUAUUCGGGUCAAAGGUCAAAUGAGGUUAUUUGCAGCCAUUCUUGUAUCACGAAAACAUGCUGAAAAUGAGCGAAGGUAACCAGCCUUUCAAUAAAAAUGUUAACUUGCUAAAUUCGCCUUUGUUGUUUGUGACCUCGGAGGUCAAAUUGUCUGUUUUUGCACUAGUAAGAUUUAAAGAAAUAAUAUAUCGUUAAUAUAGCGUAAAAUAUAAAAACUAAAGCAAAACCUGUUCUAAUUAAUUUUUUCAGGGGGUCAACACGAAUAAUUCAUUACCAAAAGAUCUGUACAUCAGAUCGAAAAUCAUUAAAAAUAAUAUGAGCACAUACAAGUUCUCAAUUGGGUUCGUCCUAUCAUCCUGACCCAAA